GUACAAAUUAUGGAACUAAAUCAAGCGCGUCUUUUAGGUAGAUCCCCAGUACAGUACGCGGAAGUAUAUUUUCGUCGAAGUCUCACCUCAUUCAUAUAUGAGGGAUCUAGUUUCGGUGGACAUUUGUGGAAAUUAUUAAAUCAAGCAGGGCCGUGUCUUUUAGAUUUUGAGACCUAGCUAACAAACAUGUUGAUUUUGCAUGUGAGUCUACCCCUGUGUGUGAUUGCUGUUUUAGGGUCUGUUAAAGCUGCUUUCAAUUGUCCAGCACAAAAUAAAUCAGCGGAACUGAGAUUUACUGUAGAACUUGGUAGCAAGGACUAUGUUAGAAUUAAUCACGGUGUUGAUAUACCAUGCUGUGCUGAAGGUUAUGAAAAUAUCACAUGGUACAAGGAAGUCAAUGGAACUUUGAAGCCUGCCCCAUCAGAAUCAGAAGUACUGCAUGAUGGACAGGUACUCCAGUUUCUUGAUAUUCAAGACACUGAUGCUGCAACAUACAGAUGCCAUGUUGUUGGACAAUCAAAAGUUAUCUAUCAUGAUACACAAAUAGUUGUUGAAGAGUGUGAUAAACUUCCAAGAGGUCCAUAUCUGGUUGACCCAUUUCCAGAAAACCAGACUAUUUAUGAUUAUGGUGGAAGUAUCACUUUUCACUGUACAGGUUAUUUUGGUUGCACAGAAAUAGGAGAUGCUCAUUUAGUAUUGUGGGAAGUUGAAGGAUCAAGCAAACCAAUUACAAACAUCAGUUCUAGAUAUUCUAUCACAAAUAUAAAAGAUGACAGGUCUGACAAGUUAAAGAUAGGUUCCACAUUGACGAUAAAUUCUGUACGUAAGGAAGAUGUUGAAAGAACCUUCAUUUGUAUUUUAGCUUCCACUCAGAAGAUUGAUGGUCAAAUGUUCAAAAAAGUCAGGAUUUUCAAGAAAGACAAACCACUGUCACCACUUGAACUAGGUUUUAUAAUUGGAGGCUCGGUAUUAUUUGCAGUAGUGAUUUUUGUAUCGAUAUAUCUUCUUCGCACUUUAUAUGGACCCCAGAUUCAGCUAUUUUGUUGCAGUAGAUUCGAAGUUUGUGGUCCCAAAGCUAUUGACA